AAGAUUUAUUAAAUAAAGGACGGCGCUACAAAUUUUCAAAAAUGUGUCGCAGUGAUGCAUUGCAACAGUUGCAAAUGAAGCAAAUAGAAAGGGAUGGAACACCAAAACGAAAAACCAAGAUCACGAAGAAAACUCUGCAAAAUUUCGGAAAAAAGAAAAAUGGGCAAAAUGAAUUAAAGAAGUAUCUCAAAAACAGAAAACACUUAUAUACAAAAAAUAACAAUAAUGAAGAUACGGAUCUCUCUAAUCUAUCCUCAUCCGAGCCCAGUACAUCGUACAGUACGCAUAGUAUGUCGGACACCGAACCAGAAGUGGAGGCGUCUAAAAAUCAGGCAUCUGGCACAGGAAAAUAUACUUCUAACAAUAAUCAUUACAUGUCACCAAUUACAAAAGAAAAGUCAAGAAAAAUAAAGCAGCAGUCAAGAAAAAUAUAUUCAUCUUCUGACAGCAAACAGGAGGAUUCUGACAAAAAUGAGGUAGCUUGCACUCGGCAAUCAUCUCAAUUAGCAGGCACAUCAGAAGAACUUCAACAGCCUGAAGACAGAAAUGAAACUCGCGGCAACCAAAAUCAGUCAUUAAGAGCAUCACCAAAUAGACCAAAGAGUGGUUGCACUCGGCAAUCAUUUCAAUUAGGAGGCACAUCAGAAGAACUUCAGCCUGAAGACAGAAAUGAAACUCGCGGCAACCAAAAUCAGUCAUUAAGAGCACCAAAUAGACCAAAGAGGGCAGAGAAUGUUAAUGGUAACACUCCAAAGCGCACAACCAACAUAAGAAGAAGGACGCUGUAUCGCCUAAAAAAUAGAGCUGAACCAAGUGACUCUGAUGAAGAAUAUGCGGAUGUGUAUAACAAUAGACUUCAAUCCGAAACAAGAGAAUCAGUAGAUAAUGAGGGAAGAGAAUUAUAUGACAUCGAAGGCGAUGAGGAAUAUUCAAAGACUAUCUCAAUGAGAUGUAUGGAAAUGCUUCCAAAAAGAAGAAAAUUCUACAAAAUAUGAACAAGCAGAUUGGUUACAAAAUUCGAGAUCUACGCAAACUGAACUAUAAAAAAGUUAAAAAUAUUUAAUAUUAUGUAUUCAUUCCAACUUAUUAAUAUAUUUAAAUGCGCAUCAGUAGUACAA